AUGAGGGCUAUUUAGCACUGGCAGUGUCCACCACAACAGUCGAAACCGAGUCGGCGCACUCCGUACUCUAUUCCCAAAAUGUCUGAAGCGCAGGAUAUGUUUCGCGUCUCACCUUGGAUAACGUAUGACCCAUCACCCGACGCCCGCACCGAAACCCUCGCUCGCAGUAACGUUCACUUCUCAUCCAUGGGCGGCGACGUCGACAUGGACGCCCCACAAAUCUCUACCCUUCGUGAAGACAACACUCCCGAGCCUACGCCGGCGCGCACGUCCAAGUUCAGGGUGAAGCUGCUGGUCAACGAGGGCAAGCGGGCUGGCUCACACCAAAGUGCUGCUCCUCGUGCUCACGCGAAGCGCGGGAGCGAUGAAGACGAGGACGAGGACGAGGAAGAAGAGGACCAGCUCAUUGACGAUGACGACGACGAGCUCAGCAAACCUCCUCCGCCAGCGCCCCCCGUCAUUCAGCCUGCACCUGUUCCUAUUCCUUCAACCAGCGGCCGAGGACAAGCCACGAAGCGAGGACAGGGCAGGGGUCGCGGGAGGGGAAGGGGCAGAGGAAGAGGAGCACACAUUGCUCUAGACCCGAGUCACCUCGCUCAUAACGAGUUCUUCGAUCCAAACAUUCCUGGCAGUAGUGCAUUCUCUCUCGUACUGCCUCCGCCGAUAGCAGCACCAGCGCAGACAAAGAAGAAGGCUGCUGCAGCCAAAGGCACCACUGCUCAGCGUGCCAUCAAGAAGAGGCCUUCGAAGGCCGCCAAAGGCGCGGCAGCAGCUGUCAUCGCUCCGAUACCCAUACCUAUGCACAGGGAUGAUGCAGAAAGCAUCAUUAGCGAAGGCUAUCCGGUAACAGCAGCUUCAUCGCCAGUGCCUCAUGACGAGCGGACGCCAGAGCCUGAGAUGAUGAUGGCAACAUCUAUCUCAGGAUUGGGAGUCGAGGAUGGCAUCACUUUUGAGAACGUUGCUUUCCCGCAGUACCCCUUGCCGUCGAAGCCAUUCCCGGUACAGCCUGCGCCCAAGAUCGGCACAGGCUUUGCGCCUCCUUUAGUGCUGGACAAGACCAAGAAGCCAGUGCGACGGUGGAGGCAGGUCAACCGCGAAGUGCGCGGCAUCGCAGGUGGCCGCUGGUUUACUCGCUCCUGGGUCGGUGAAAAGGAAUCCGAGUUCGCCUCUCAGCAGAACGCUGCCUCUCAGGCUGUCGCACUCGCCGCACACUCUGCCACUGAACGUGCGGACCGCGAGGCUGCAUCAGCCGCGGCGAUGAUCGCAGCUGGCAUCACGCUUCCCCCUAAACUGGCGGGUACAUCUGCUUCGGCUCCUCCUGCAAGGGCGACGAAACCCAAGGCUACCAAGGGAAGUGACACGCCGCUGUCGACAGUGCCUCCGACUCCUAGUCGCCAAGAUUCAGCGGUCCCAGAGAUUAUAUCCGCUCAAGUCCCAAGGAACCCAGACAUGGGUCAAGGAGCUCCAUCUGAAGUCGCGGCCGCUGUAGCUCCCCCUGCCUGAAGUGUCUUCCCUGAGCGGACAUCAUUGUACUGAGGAGAUUCUAGACGGGGUUGGUUGACUAGGAUGUACUAUACUGGCGACGCAUGUAUGUUUAGUCCGUGCUCUCGACGUUAGUUAUCAUGAUAUGCUAGGGCGCAUGUAAUAUGUAUUGGACCCUCGUAUCGAUUGGUGUGCUGUAGAGCGUCC